UGUAUGUGAAUGCAUCUAUCACUCAGUUUCGCACUGAUUUGGCUCUUGCUCCAAAUCUAAUCGAUCCGCUCGUGCAGGAGAACCGGCUCUCUCUUCAACUGGACAGGACAGGACAGACACCCGUAAGCAUGGAAGACACUUACUGAGGCAAUCACGGAGAGAUACGCGUUUAUACCGACUAUGGCUGUAGACGCUGCGUCCAGCUUCAGCUUCUGUCGAGCUGCACUGGAUCACACUGUCUCAGCAGAAGAGUUAAACUACCAGCUGCCACGGAAUGCUGGAGGCAACCUCAACUGGCAUGAGGGUCGAGGACAGAGGGUGACAAGGAAGACGGUCAAACUGCUACAGCAGCCCGGCACAGAGGGAAUACAAAUCCAGUCAGGUGAGGCCUUCACUGUGUACCACACCAGCCCAACGCUCUCCAGUUUAUGCAAACCCGUGGUGCUGUGGACACAGCAGGAUGUGUGCAAGUGGCUGAAGAAACACUGCCCACACAACUACUUGACCUACGUGGAGGCCUUCUCUCACCACGCCAUCACAGGUCGUGCUCUGUUGCGGUUGAAUGGGGAGAAGCUGGAGAGGAUGGGUAUCGUACAGGAGACUCUGAGACAGGAAGUGUUGCAGCAGGUCCUACAGUUGCAGGUCAGAGAGGAAGUACGCAACCUACAGCUCCUUAGCAGAGCUUCCUUUGGAAACCUGUCUUAGCUCGUCUAUCCAUUUGGCAGCUCUCUCCUCUUCCUGAUGGAUACAGGAGGCCCUGUUCCAAACUGAAAGAGACAGAGAGAGAAUCUGCCUGGCUGGAAAUGUGAAGAUACUAUUAACUCUAUACCAAUUUAACAGACAGGACUGGCUUUUUAUGCACAAAUGGAUGGGGUUCAAAGACUCAAAAGGAGACAAUGCCGGACUCUGAAACUGUAAUAUAGUGAUACGAUUCAAGUUUCCAUUCAACUCUAAAAAAAUAAAACCUAGAGCACCAACCAGAGCUUUGUAAGAAAACAAGGAUGCGUUGACUUGAUAUGGAUUGGAUCUUGGAUUGGCUGGUGGCUCUGGAUGGACUCUUGAGUAGAUGUUGAGUUUAAGUUAAUCUUGGAUCUUCAAAUGUGAUCUCAAAUCAUCUUAAAGGAGCAACUCAUCUCAGCUGCCUUGAUUCCCUGAGGUUUAUGGUGUUUGGAUGUCUGACAGCCCUGCUGUUUUACCAAGCAUCAUUAGUUGAACAUGGACGUAGAAUAAAUCCCGCCUGUAAAUGUCUGUGAUCGCAGACAGAUCUUGCUUCUACAUCUCACAAUAGAUUGUAUUAUUCCAUUAGCAGAUAUACAAUAAAGAGAAUUAGACAUAGAAUAGGACAUGCCCAGAGGUUUGAAUACCCAAUUUUUUCCCAUCCCUGACUUCUACGUUACAGCACCAACUUGGCCCAUAAAAUUCUUUCUGACUCUGAUUCUAAUGGGGUGUUCACACUGUCAUCAAUGUUUUGCAAUAACCUCACCAGGAGUCAUUGGUUUUCAAUGAGAGUGCAAUUUGAGGAGAAUUAAGCAAUGUAGCAACCACAAAGGAGAGUGCAGACAUAGAAGGUCAAGUGAUCCUCUGCAUGAUACAGUUACAGUUGGAUCAUCUACUACCAACAGCGACCUCCAGUGAUUUAAUUGCUGUCAACGUGAACGCCCCUAAUGGGUUUUUUAGUAGAGUUAAAGGGACAGCUCACCCAAAAAUGAAUGACUAAAUGAUGACAGAAUUUUCUUUUUUCAUUUUAGGGUAAACUAUCCCUUUAAGGACAACACUGAAUGUUAAACCCACACACCCAACCAUCAACAAUAUUUUUUCUUCUCAUGAGAUGUAGGUUUGUCUCCUUGUACCGGCUCUUUGUUAUGUCUUUUGAUUUCGGUGUCAUUUUGAAAUAAUGUCCUGCUAUGUAAUAUAUGUUGCUGUUCAGGUUUUCUCCUAAUAUACAAAUAAUGUGUCUAUAUACAGGUAACUAUGAACAUGAAAUGAAUCACAAAUUAUGGUACUUUCAGUAGGACCAAUGUGUUUAGAUUGUCAUUAUUUAUAGAAGUCCCAGUUGUCUCUGUUCACAAAGCAAUAACAUAGAGUGCCGCCACAUGUCUGCAUGGGUAGACCCGAUAGAGACAGUUUUUUAGCUAACUUACAAUCCCAAACUUCAGAGCAUGUUCACCUAAAAUAUGAAGUAUGAAAUUUCACCACCAUACAAAAUUGCAAAAAUAAAUGUUAUUUCUGAACAUGCCACUGGUAAAAAAGAGAUAGUCCCGUCCCAACCUCACACCAUUGGUUUAGUAUGGUUGUUGGGAUAGGUCUAAGCGGGUCACUCUAAACAAACUUGAGUGCUUACAGUUUUCGAGAAAAUUAUCCUAUGAAUGGCUUACUUAUAUUAAGCUUAUAUAGCUUUAAGGCCAAAACUCUACGCAAGUACAUGAACGCAAUGCUUCUAGAUACGCAAGUUCAAUUUCAUGCAUUGUUGUGUAACAGUCAGAAUGCAAUUCAUAAUGUAGUGCAGGUAUAUCAAACUGCCUUUUUUUAUGGUCAUUUGUCUUUCAGGUUAACUGCUUUCAUGGUGGAGCAACAGUUUUAAGAGAGAAUCUUGCUGUAUAAGUUAGGCAAAAUUACUUAAACUGUCGACAUUUUGAAUGGCCCAUACAUUUGAAGGUAUCUCUAUCGCCCCCUUGAGUAUGGAGGUUUGUUAUGGCCACAGUAACACAAGCAUACAUUUAAAUAUGUACAAUGAAUUCACGCUUGCUAUGCAUUUUUCAAGCAUUAUGCUUGCGUUUGCAUACGGUACUUGCUUGUUUCUGGCCUCAGAGUCCUGAUCUGUGACUUUAAUCAGGAUACAUGUCAACAGAGAGUUUUUUUCCACUAGUAUGAUAAGGGAUCUCCACAAAAUAAUAACCUCACACUGAAUUCCUCAUUCAUACUGCCCCUACAAAAGGGAAUGUAGUUCCUUUUCCAGACUUGUCUUAAUUUGCCCUGAACACUGUGAUGCCAGUUGCAUGUUUAUAUGGGAGGCUAGAAUAUAUGUCUAUAAUGACAAUGAUGUUUAAAGAACAAGGGCCUGCUUUACUGUAAAAUCUCAUUUUGAGCCAGAGUUUGAUAGUUAUUGUUUGAAGUUCAAGAUAUGUACCAGUUCAACUGGCUUUUCGAAAAGUUUCUACAUGUAGCCCCAUGACAUAAACCAAUUGAGUAAAUGCAGAUGAUGGUUAAAAGUGUGUAUAUGUGACUGAUGGGACAGAAUUCUCUCAUUUCAUGUGACAUUAUGAGAGAUGGUUUUCUGGAGCAUUUUGCUGAUUGCUGGAAAAAGGGAACACCUACAUCCUGACACAUCACCAUUCUUUCUCUCUAGACAGGUGAAGGGUUUACUUUAAAUCUUGUUAUGCAAAAAAAAAAGUGAGGAAGAUUGGAUAUUGGUUAUGUAAUUACCUGCUAGCAACAUGAAUAUAAAGUACAUGGUGUGGCUAAUACUGCUGUAUG